AUGUGGCAAGAACACAACUUUAAUAUACGACGAAUAGAGAAAACAUUCAGAAGACAUGACAGUUCCGUGCAAUAUACAUAUCUAGGUUGUUAUUUUUUCGUGUUCCCGCGUAGAUCCAAAGUGACCAGUAUUCUAUUAGAAAAUCCGACAAAUCAAUCGUUCACUCUCCAACCUCGAAUAACCAAUCCGGAUGUGUUUGCCCUACACUGGGGAGCUUCCGCACAACAGUUGGCUUCUGUCUCAGCCCAACUGACCACGGAUUGUGAAGUGCGUAGUCGUGUGCGUUCCCGUGGUUCACCUACACGUUUCGAUUGGGAUAUUCAAUUGCCGACUGCACACCGCACUCCGGACGAUCAAGCCCCAUCCGAUCCUAGCGUGUCGGGGUCACAAUCUGUGAUGGUGAAAUUGGCACCCAAGUCACGUGUUCGCCUGGGGCUGAAAUUCACACCACAUGCACUGGGCGAAUUGGAACAUGACGGUCAAAUCGAAUUCGUGUCUGACGAGGCAAGUCUCUCUCUCUCUCGCUCGCUCGCUAGCUCUCUCGGUUUUGCCUUGUCAGUUUGGCUAUUCAAACUUCGCGGUUGCGGUCUCCCUCCCGAACCACGAGAUCCGGUUUACACGAGCGUGGAAAUCGGUUCGGCGGUGACUUUAACUCUGUCCAUGAUCAACCCGUUUCGGCAUCCGGUGCUAUGUGAUAUCUAUCUGACUCCGGUCAGUUAUAGUGCGCUGCUGAAACGUGUCGAGUGCGCACACUCGACCGCGCUGAGUUCUCACCCGGAAGACACGAAACAACCUGCGUCAGAUGAGAAUGCCGAUGAACAGGGAAGCCCCGAGAAUAGUCGAGGAUUUGAGUCGAUGGAUUUGAAUAAACCGUUGGAAUCGGCUUUCCAACUGUUAGUCAGAAGGGAAAAAGGUGUUCGCGUCGAGGCCAAGGCAGUAUUUGAUAUUCCUCUCACAUUCGCCCCAAUGGAAAUGCGUGAACACGAGGCAGUCUGUUGUGCUGUGAUGCGACGUGUGGAUGGACAGAGUUUGGGUCGCGGGAUCGAGUCCGGCGAGGAGAUUCACGAACUACGUUGGCUAACACCGAUCAAGGGUGUACCUGAGGCUACGUCACAAUUCACAGAUUUUCAAGAAAUCGGAGCUCUGGGUCGCACGUCUCUGCCCCGUCCAAUCAUCAUGCCGACAGGAAGCAAUCGACCAGCUUUGAUCAGUGGGGUGGCUCGAACUGUGUCUCGAUUUCAUAUUGAACUGAAUUUGUCUGCUAAUGUGCCACUCACUAAGUCCCAACAACCAUUCAGUUCAGAUAUGUUAAGUGAGGACCGACCGUCACAAAUCCUAAUCCGGCCGGUCAGUUCGACACGAUCUGGACCGAUCUCGGCCAGAUCACGUCUCCGGAGCAGUCCGUCGGAAUGGGUUGGCACGUCGUCUUGGUGGACUCGGGCGGAGUCGGGUGAUGUGAGCUGGAAACUGGAAGCUGUCACCCGGGAGCAGGAUCGUGAACUAGCUGAACUGAUCAAUUUAGAUCAGUUACUUCGAAAAUCAAUCAAUAUUCAUCUUAUCACAUUAAAAAAAGAGAAACCGACAGGACCUAUCGAACUCGUACUUGGUGUGAUCUUUACACCAUCUCGACCUUUCAAGUAUGUUCGAUUAACAUGGAUGUUUUUGACUGAUACAUAUUUAUGA